CUUCCCUGAAUUCCUGUUCGCUACCUUCGCUUCCGCUCCAAAAACCAAAUAAAAAACGCACCUUUCCUUCCCUUCUCCUCCCCUUCGCUUUCCCCCGUCCUCCCUUCCCUCGAUCCCCUCGCCGGAAAAGAUCCCAUUCCAUCCACCUCCACGUCCCGGCGCAAUCAGAGUUUCCGGCGGCAAAGCAGGAAGGCGGAAGCGAAAGGAAUGUUGCACCUUUAAGUAGCGCGGCGACCUGGUGUUUCUUCCUGGCCGGCGAUGGGCUGCUUCCCGUGCUUCGACUCCCCGGCAGAUGAGCAGCUUAACCCCAAAUUCGGUGGCGCCGGUGGGUACGGCGGCACGUCCUCUGCCGUCGCGGCGUACGGAAACGGCACAGGCGCCGGCGUCAGCAUCGGCCGGCACGGGGACAGGGGGUACCCGGACCUGCAGCAGGCGCCCAUGGCGGCUCCGCGCGUCGAGAAGCUCUCAGCAGCGGCUGAGAAAGCAAGAGUAAAGAGCAAUGGGCUCACCAAAGAGGCUUUGGUGCCAAAGGAUGCCAAUGGCAAUGCCAUCUCAGCGCAAACUUUCACCUUCCGUGAGCUUGCUACCGCCACCAGGAACUUCAGGCCCGAGUGCUUCCUGGGAGAGGGAGGUUUUGGACGUGUUUACAAGGGCCGCCUUGAGAGCACAGGCCAGGUUGUUGCUAUAAAGCAGCUUAACAGGGAUGGGCUUCAAGGAAACAGAGAAUUUCUAGUAGAAGUUCUCAUGCUCAGCUUACUACAUCAUCAAAACCUGGUUAAUUUGAUUGGUUAUUGUGCUGAUGGAGACCAGAGACUUCUUGUUUAUGAAUAUAUGCCUUCUGGAUCACUUGAAGAUCAUUUGCACGAUCUACCUCUUGAUAAAGAGGCCUUGGACUGGAACACCAGGAUGAAAAUUGCAGCAGGUGCUGCCAAAGGACUGGAGUACCUUCAUGACAAAGCUAAUCCACCAGUUAUUUAUAGGGAUUUCAAGUCAUCGAACAUUCUGUUGGAUGAAAGUUUCCACCCGAAGCUGUCUGAUUUUGGACUUGCUAAGUUGGGUCCAGUUGGCGACAAAUCACAUGUCUCAACACGUGUAAUGGGUACAUAUGGUUAUUGUGCACCAGAAUAUGCUAUGACAGGGCAGCUGACAGUGAAGUCUGACGUGUAUAGUUUUGGGGUUGUCUUGCUAGAGUUGAUUACUGGCCGUAGGGCUAUUGACAGCACCAGACCACAUGGAGAACAAAAUCUUGUCUCAUGGGCACGUCCUCUGUUUAACGACAGAAGAAAGCUCCCUAAGAUGGCUGACCCGAGGCUGGAAGGGCGAUACCCCAUGCGUGGGCUUUACCAAGCCCUUGCAGUGGCUUCGAUGUGCAUUCAGUCGGAGGCUGCUUCACGCCCACUGAUUGCAGAUGUCGUGACUGCUCUGUCCUACUUGGCAUCCCAGCCAUAUGAUCCCAACGCAGCUCUUGCUUCAAGGAAGCCAGGCGGCGAUCAGCGAAGCAAGCCUGGCGAGAACGGCAGGGCAGUUUCCAGGAAUGAUGAAACUGGAAGCUCCGGCCACAAAACACCUGCCAAGGACCGAGAGGACUCACCCAGGGACCUCCCAGCGAUCCUGAACAAGGACCUUGACCGGGAGCGCAUGGUGGCCGAGGCGAAGAUGUGGGGCGACCGGGAGCGCAUGGUGGCCGAGGCUAAGAUGUGGGGCGACCGAGAGCGCAUGGUGGCUGAGGCGAAGAUGUGGGGUGAAAAUUGGCGUGACAAGCGGCGUGCAGAGAUUGGGCAGGGGAGCCUGGAUUCGGUUACUGGGAACAGCUAGGGGGCAAUUAAGCGAACAGAAACGUGACAUCCACCCAUGCAUUUCGUUUGUUUAUUUCCAGGUCCAUUUUCGUUCUGGCGGCGGUCGGCAGGCCCCAGGGUUGUACAUUUCUAGGUCAGGGAAGAGUGGGAAAGCGGCAGCGUUGUACUGGACAGUGAAUGCAUGUGGUUGUACAUGUAAAUUCUCAGAAAAGUUUUGUGAGAAUGAAAGGACAUAUUUGAGUUCC